AUGAAACGAAUUGUAUUGUUAGCAUAUUUGUGCAUAUACACAUUUGCGACUGAUUCUGUCAAAGAUUUUGAAUUCCUGACUCAAAGCGAUUAUGGAAAAAAAGUUUUAAAAGAAUAAUAGCUAGUUCUGAAAUCUAGUUAAAGUAAUUAUAUAUAAAUAAUAUUCAAGAUCCUGUCGAUUUGAUAAUUAAUCUGAAUCAUUUUGAAUCUGAGCUUGUGAUGGAUAGUGAAAAGACAAUGAAAGAGUAUUAGACUGUCUAUACAAGCAGUAUUAAUUUUCAAAAUUUAUAAAUUAGAUAUUGAGAGAAAGUAAGCAUUGAAAUAAAAGAUCUUCCUAUCAAAAUAUUAAUUGUAAAAUGUUGGUGAAGAACUUACAAUUGUCACAAAAGAAAAAGAAUUUUCAGAAAAAAUAUUUGAGGAAAGAAAAAGAUUAUUAACAGAAGAGAAUAAAUUUGUACCUUAAAUGCAAGCUAUUCGUAAUGAUGAAGUAAAUUAACCCAAUUUUAUGCUAGAUUGAUAAACUCUAAAACUUAAAAAAAGAAAUAAACCAAACCUCAAAAGUCAUUAAUUCAUUUUUAUAACAAUUUCAAGGCCUAGCUCAUUUCUUAGCCAAAAAACCAGAUCUGAGCGAAUCCCCAGCAUUCUUAGCUAAUAAUAAGUAGAAUGAUGAAUUGAAUAAGUUUAAAGCGAUGUGCAAUGACAUUAGAAAUGAAUUGGACACUGUAGUUAUCGAUAACCCUUAUACCUUAGUGUUAUGUAUAUGUAUAAUUUAACAAUCAAGUUUCCUUAAAGCCAUUACUGGCACCUGAGAAUGCUCAUUUAAUUGAAGAGGUUCCUCAAUUGCUAAAAACAUUACAACUCGCUUUAGAAUCAAGUUCAGAAGAGAUCGAAGCUGUCAGUAAUGAGAGAUAAGAAUUGUUUAAUAUUGAAAGAAAUGAACUUAAAAAAGAUGUUGAUAAAAGAUCUGCUGAGGUAAAAGAAUAAUUUAUUAUUAUUUAGUGUGACUAAAUUAAAUAAAUAUUUGAAAGAUCCUCUGUCGAUUUAGAAAAAUUAACAAAUUAAUAGGCAGAAUUGAAAAAAAAGAUUGCUUAGUUGUAGACAGAACAGGAACAAUUGCAAUCCGAUAUGGAAGGAUAAUAAGUAUUGAAAUUGAUUUAUCAAAUAGAGAGAAUACAGAAAUAAACUAAAAAAUAAUUUAGCUAACUUAGGUUUAAUUAGGAAAAUUAAAUACUUAUUGAGUUAAAACAAUAAAGGCUAUUUGCAAUUCAUUAAGAAUUAAAAAUGA